AUGUCUGUCGACCCCGUUACCCCGGCCGAAUACCCCCCUUGGCACGACCAAGAUGAAGAAAAGGAUCUGAAAGAACAUUUCGACCCAACGGCGCAGGACGCUUUUGGAAAUGAAGAGGAGGCUGAGGUUAAAUACAAGGUGUUGUCGUGGUGGCAAUGUGGACUACUCAUGGUUGCCGAGACCAUCUCGCUGGGUGUAUUAUCCCUGCCAGCUGCUGUGGCUACGCUCGGUUUGGUUCCAUCCUUGAUCAUCCUCGUCGGAAUCGGUAUCAUUGCGACAUAUACCGGCUACCUCAUGGGGCAGUUUAAGCUGAGAUAUCCGUUCGUCACGAGUAUGGCGGAUGCCGGAGAGGUCCUCAUGGGCCGCUUUGGCCGGGAGUUCCUUGGUAUCGCCCAGCUGCUCUUUAUCAUCUUCUUCAUGGCCAGUCACUUGGUCACGUUUUCCGUCGCCUUUAACGUUAUGACCGAUCACGGUACCUGCACCAUCGUUUUUGGCGUGGUCGGCCUGGUCAUCUCCUUGAUCUGCUCGCUGCCGCGGACUCUGAACAAUGUAUCGUGGUUGUCCAUGGCUUCCUUCACCAGUAUCACCGCUGCAGUCAUUAUCUGUAUGAUCAGUCUCGGCAUCCAAAACCCCGGUGGCAUGCCCAUCAAGGCCGUGGCCCAGUCCGACCUGGUCACGGCCUUUUCCGCCGUCACCAACAUCAUCUUUGCCUACAUCGGCCACGUCGCCUACUUCGGUAUCAUGGCUGAAUUGAAGGAUCCCCGCGAUUUCACCAAAGCCCUCUCCCUCCUGCAAGUCCUUGACAUUAUCAUCUACAUCAUCGUCGCCGCCGUGACCUACAACUAUGCCGGUGAUGGCGUCACUUCGCCUGCCCUGGGCUCGACCAAUCCUAUCAUGCAAAAGGUCGCUUACGGGAUUGCUCUGCCGACCAUCAUCAUUGCCGGUGUCGUCUUCUGCCACGUCGGAUGCAAGUACAUCUACCUGCGAAUCUUUGCGGGAACCGACCGGAUGCACAAGCGGGACUUUGUCGCCACGGGGUCGUGGGUUGGUAUUAACUUGGUUAUGUGGGUUAUUGCGUGGAUUAUUGCCGAGGCUGUGCCGGUGUUUGACAGUUUGUUGAGUUUGAUCAGUUCGAUCUUUGGCAGCUGGUUCAGUUUCGGAUUGCCCGCUUUCUUCUGGCUUUUCAUGAACCGCGGCGAAUACACCGCCUCGUGGAAGAAGAUGAUUCUUACUGUGAUCAACGUCGGUUGCGUCGGUAUUGCCGGACUCAUUUGCGGUCUGGGUCUCUACACCUCCGGCAAGUCCAUCCACGACAACCCCAGCAGUGACAGUUUCUCAUGCGGGAAUAACUCGUAA